ACCUGACCUGCGUGCUGGCUACCUUCUAAACCCCUCAAUCAUUAAUUAUAAGAGAAAAUUGUAUCCUUCAAUUUCCUUUCACUUUCUUCCGUCAAUAUUUUUAUCUUAUUUUAAUUUUUACGGCUUAUUGGUGGUGUUUCCCGGGGAGUUGCGUGGUGGUGUUGAUAGUUCGAGUGUGCUGGUGUGUGGUGUGUCACUGGUGUGUUUCUGAAGGCGCCCUGUGUGUUAUAUCUAGUGGAUUUGAUACGACACCUGUUUCGUUAUUGUACAAGACCAGCAAACCACCAAUCAGCUCUCUCUGCUCAGCCCACCACCACCACACACACACAGAGAGACACGCACACAAGCCGCCACAAUGCCGCUCUUCUGCCGCUACUACGCGCAGAAGUACCCUGAGGUGGAUGAUGUGGUAAUGGUAACAGUGCGGAGUAUUGCCGAGAUGGGCGCGUAUGUCCACCUGCUGGAGUACAACAACAUAGAGGGCAUGAUCCUUCUGUCCGAGCUCUCCCGUCGACGUAUUCGCUCAAUGAACAAGCUGAUCAGAGUGGGCAAGACUGAGCCAGUGGUGGUCAUACGAGUGGAUAAGGAGAAGGGUUACAUUGAUCUGUCUAAGAGGCGCGUAUCAAAGGAGGAUGUGGAGAGAUGCACCGAGAAGUUUGCCAAGGCUAAGGCAGUGAAUUCCAUCAUCCGGCAUGUUGGAGAGCUGCUCAACUACACCUCGGAGGAGCAGGUGGAGAAUCUGUACACCCGCACUGCCUGGCACUUUGAGGAGAAGUACAAGAAACAGGCAUGUGCUUAUGAUGUCUUCAAGCAGGCUGUCAUCGACCCCACGAUCCUGGAGGAGUGUCAACUGGACGAGGAGACGCGUAGUGUACUGCUGACACAAAUCCAACGGAAGCUGCUGAGUCAGGCCGUCAAGAUCCGCGCUGACAUUGAAGUUUCCUGCUUUGAGUACGAGGGCAUUGACGCGGUGAAGUCUGCCCUGCGCGGUGGUAUUGAAAUGUCCACCAACGAGAUUCCCAUCAGGAUAAACUUAAUUGCACCUCCUCUCUACGUGAUGACGACGCAGACCACAGAGAAGCAGGACGGGCUGAGGGCACUGGAGGGAGCCAUUGAGAAGGUCACCAGUGUCAUCAAGGAGUUUGGUGGCACCCUCACUGUUAAGAUGGCACCCAAGAUUGUGACGGAUGUGGAGGAGGCGGACUUGGCAAGGCAACUGGAGAAGGCAGAGGAGGAGAACAGGGAGGUGGCGGGAGAUGAUGAUGAUGAGGAGGAGGAGGAGGGGAUGGGAGAUUUGCCAGUUGAUAGUGAAGAGGAGGAAGGAGAGAAGAAGGGAGAGGAGGAGGCGAAGGAGUAUCGGGUUGAGCGCUGUCCCCACCACCGCCAGGCAGUAAAUCACGGCGUGGACCGGGAAGGGCAGCAGCUCCCGCGCCCUGGCGUAGUGGAUCCGCAGCGUCCAGUAGGGAAGCUGUGUCACGGCGAAGACCAGGGUCAGGGAAGCCAGCAGGCGGGCAGACAGCACCAGGGUGAGGGAGGCCACCAGCACCGCCAGGGGCAGCAGGAACACCAGCAGGAGACACACGAACAGCCCGUCAUGGGUGUGGAUGAGGAAGAGCGGCGCCUCCAGACACAUGUCGCCCUUCCGGAAUAUCCCCAGGCCCGUGAGGGUGAACAGCACCACCCCCGCCACCCAUGCUACCGUCACCGCCGCCCGCAGCACGCUUCGGCGGCUGCAUGA